AAGGCAUUUACUUGUAUUGUUUCAUCCCUAUUGUUGCAUAUGUUCAUACAUUUCCUGGUAGAGGAAAUGCUAAACAAAAAUUGUGUGAAAGUUGGUAUAAUAGUUAUUUGUGGAGUUGAGAUAACUAUAUAAAUAAUGCCUUAUUUGCAAUUUUUAAUACAACCUGCAACGGGAACUGAUGAGCAGUUCAUAGAAAGGCUUCGAGAAGUAUCUGACAAAAUUAACAGGUUUGGUGUUGGCACGCUGAGAGUAUUUGAACAACUUAAAACACCAGUUAAGGAAAUUGUGAUCGGUCCAAGUCACAUCGGAGUACUUUUGGAAGAUGGAAAGGCAUUUCGAGCAGCUUUUUCAAUUAAUUCAGAGCGUAUUGAUUUAAAUAGGAUCGAUAACAACAAAAACCCCUCAAACAAUAUCUCGAAUGUUUCUAACAAUUCAAAAAAUGCUGCCACAUCGUCGUCAAGACAACUUGCACGUUCUAGAGCCCGACUUAUGCGCACAACUGGAAGAUCUGGGUCUGGAAGCCAGAGUUCCGGCUCACGUAGCACUGGUGUAAUCAUAGGCGGUGGCGGCUCGAGCCGUCCGAUUGUGACUGUACCAGCAACUUAUGUUCCUGAAGAAUUAAUAUCACAAGCGGAAGUAGUUCUUCAGGGUAAAAGCAGAAAUCUCAUAAUACGAGAAUUGCAGAGGACUAACUUGGACGUUAAUUUGGCAGUUAACAAUUUGCUUUCUCGAGACGACGAAGAAGCAGAAGACACUGAGGACGCUGGAGACAACUAUGUUCCAGAAGAUUUAAUAUCAUUAUUGGAUAAUGGAUUUCAUGGAGAUAAUAGCAGUGUGAUAAUAGAUCCAUCAGAUGGUCUUUUUUCCGAAGAAAUAUUCAGCAACUAUUCCAGUAUUCGCAAUUUGCUUUUUGAUCGCAUACGUAGUGAAAGGAAUCAGCCGAGCUCUAGCAAUUCAGACAAUCAAGGCAGGACAACAACUAGUUCAGGUGGUGUAAUGUCUGGGAAUAAUAGCUUGUCCGCUCAAAUAUCUACUGUAAGUGUAGAUCGCGAAGCAUUCAGUCGAUGGAGGGACCGCCAAUAUUAUGGACCGCGACGUUGGUUAAACAAAGAUGAUUACGUUUGGGAUAACAACGGAGGUAUGCAUUUAUUAAUACAUUUUUGGGCAUGCUUUCGAUAUAUCUAUAUACAUACCUACAUACUUAUCCGAUUUUUUCCCCUUCCAAAUAUUGUGCAUAUGGGUGAUUACUAGGGAAGACUAAAAUAU